AUGAGCUCGAUGGAGACUGAUGAAAUCUCUGUUGUUCUGCCGUCAACAGCAACCUCUGGUCUAUCUCUUUCCCUCCAUCCCCUGCCAAUCCUAAACAUCUCCGAGCAUCUGACCAGACUGAAACUCCAGACGAAUUCAGCGAACCCUUUCGUCCUUGGCGCGCUAUUGGGGACUCAGAAUGGACGAGAAGUCGAAAUAGUGAACACCUUUGAACUCGCGAUUGAGGGCGGAGCCGAGUCUGUCGACCACGGUUUUCUAGUAUCAAGACGCGAUCAAUACAAACAAGUCUUUCCUUCACUUGAGUUUAUCGGAUGGUACACAGUGGCGCCUAAGCCAACAGCACGCCACAUUGCUCUCCAUGACCAAUUCACAGGAUAUUGCUCGACUCCACUGCUGUUGAUCUUGCAACCCACCCUGGCAGUGAUCUCAAGUGCUGAUGUCAAUGCACAGACCCUUCCUUUUAAGGCUUUCGAGCCUUCAAUCGAGAUUAGGGAUCGCAAAUCGCGUUCAGUUUACAUUGAAGUUCCUUACAAUGUUGAAACUGGGGAAGCCGAGCGUAUAGCAGUCGAUUGGACAGCACGAGGUGGUGGAAGUGGCACAAGUUUGGAAUCACACUUGCAGACGCAACGAUCUGCAGUAAAGAUGUUACAUGAGAGGAUCCUGGUACUUGUCAAAUAUGUUGCGGACGUCAUCGCAGGCCAAGCAAAAAAGAAUCACGACAUCCUUCGAUCUUUGGCAGCACUGAUUGCUUCACUUCCUGCAUCUGAAAACAAAGCCUUUCGCGAAGAGUUCGAAACAGAAUAUGAAGAUGUGCAGCUCACUGCGUUCCUUUCUUCCUUGACGAAAUCUGCCAAUAUCCUGAAUGACCUUGUUGACAAACAUCUAGUCACAACCGCAGGUCGAGAUGAUCGCGGUCAACGUAGGAGGAUGGGGCGGCAGGGGACUAUUCCGGGCGGUGACUGGGGAGACCGCCUUCAUUAAAGUCAGAAGGGUCCUGAGCUGUUUAAAAACUUCUGCCCAAGGUGCCCUUUUCAGAGACUCAAGAGGCGAGAUUGUUUGUUGUAAAAAAUUGUAAAAAUGUGAUGAGAAUGUCCAAUGUACCUUAGAACGAGAGGAACUUAAACUC